AUGGGCAACCUGACGGAUGCUAUGGAUAAGAGAAUGGACUCGUUGUUGAAAAAAGCUUGGGAGUCCAUAAUUGGCAAUUUAAAACCAGAAUUAGCAGUUACAGUAGUGGCCCGUAAUUUAGAGCACUGGCUCUCAAAGAUCCAAGAACAUAUUGAGGCGGAUACGGACAAGGACACUAUUUUGGCUUCCUUCCCCACAAUUUUAAAGGGGGUAGCCUACAUUGCGGAUGCUUCAGCAGAAUCCGUCCGCAUGUCAGCCAGCCUCUCCGGAACAAGUAUCCAGGGACCUGGAACUAACCAAAAAGACCCUUAUGGACCUAGGUUGGCUGUUAAACCUGGAAAAAUCCAGUCUAAUACCAUCGCAGCGCAUUCCUUAUUUAGGGUACACCCUGGACUCCACCCUUCUAAGGGUCUUCCUUCCAUUAGAGAAGGCUCUAAAGUUAGAAAAGUCGGUAUCUGCCCUCCAGGGCAGCCAUCAGGUUUCAAUCAGAUUCCUGAUGUCGACACUAGGACUGUUAACUUCCACUCUACCGGCAGUCCAGUGGGCAGGGAUUCACUUUCGGGCCCUGCAGGCCUUUGUACUCUGAGUCUGGGACCACAGCUCAGAACACCUAGACGUCCUGCCAGCGGCAGAGGUUGGGGCGCUCACCUGGGUGUACUUCCAGCACAGGGUGUUUGGGAAGUGGCUGAGCUGAAACAUUCCUCCAACUGGAAGGAGCUGAGGGCGAUCGGUUUAGCUCUCAUCUUCUUUCAGGAGAGACUUCGAGGACACCACGUCCAGGUGAGGUCAGACAAUGCGUCGGCCGUGGCCUAUGUGAACAAACAGGGUGGCACCAGGUGUGUAGCCCUGUCGGCCAUAACAACAAGAAUCUUUCGCUGGGCCGAAACAAACACCCUGUCCUUAUCAGCAGUUUUUCUAAGGGGAAUAGAAAACAGUACAGCGGAUUUCCUCAGUCGAAGUCAACUGAGGGAAGACGAGUGGUCCCUCAAUCAGGAGGUCUUCCAUCUUUUGGUCAAGAGAUGGGGGUCUCCGGAGAUGGACCUCUUUGUGUCCAGGGAGAACGCAAAAACACAUUGGUUUUUCUCUCGGGGCAGGGGAGAGGGUGCAAGAGGGAUAGAUGCCCUAUCCCAGAGCUGGCGAUUCGGGAUUUGUUACGCCUUCCCACCCCCAGCUCUUUUACCACUGGUCCUGAGAAAAUUUCAGCUGGAGAACACCUCACUUAUCCUUGUGGCACCCCACUGGCCCAAGAGGGCUUGGUUUUCGGUUCUCAAGCAACUGACCACAGAACCCCCUCUUUUUCUUCCUCUUCGAGAGGAUCUCCUCUCGCAGGGCCCAGUUCUAUGUACACAGGUGGAACCUUGCGGCGUGGUUACUGAGGAGUCCUUGCUGAGGUCCAGAGGUUUUUCGGACAAACUGACUGCCACCCUUCUUAACAGUAGGAAGAAGGAGACGCGUUCUAUCUAUAGAAAAGUUUGGCUUUGUUUUAAUACUUGGUGCCAGGAAUUUUCCUUUCCAGCACAAAACCACAAGUCCGUUCUAGAGUUUCUUCAGUGCGGAGCGGAUAAAGGCUUGUCAGUGAGUACCCUUAAAGGCCAGGUCUCAGCCCUCAGUGUGUUUCUAGAGAGCCCUCUAGCCUCCAAUCCUUGGGUCAUCAGGUUCUUUAGGGCUUUGUCCAGACAGAAACCUUCUCAGGGACCUCCCUUCCCCAAGUGGGAUCUAUCACUAGUUUUACAGGUGCUAACAGGGUUGCCCUUUGAACCCUUAGACAAGUGUUCGUUAAAGGAUUUAACGUUUAAGACAGUCUUUUUAGUUGCAGUGACUACUGCCAGGAGGGUCAGUGAAUUGGAAGCCCUGUCCAUUCGUCCUUUUUGUGUAAUUUUUCCGGAUCGGGUUGUUUUUAAAACCGAUCCGGCUUUCCUUCCGAAAGUGGCUUCAAAGUUUCAUAGAAGCCAAGAGGUUGUGUUACCUUCAUUUUGUUCCAAUCCCUCAGGUGAAAGGGAGUUUAAGUUUAGUACACUAGAUGUUAGAUGCAUCCUACAGUACUUGGAGCUGACUCGGGGUUUUAGGAAGUCAGACUCUUUGUUUGUUUUGUUUUCUGGGACCAGAAAGGGACAGAAAGCGUCUCGGCGCACAAUUGCUAGAUGGCUUAGACUAGUUAUUGGGCAGGCUUACUCCUUGACUGGUAGGGAAGUCCCUACAGGAAUAAAGGCACACUCUACUCGAGCGGUGGCUACUUCUCAGGCUGAAAGGGCUGGAGCGACGCCAGAUCAAAUAUGCAAAGCCGCAACUUGGUCCAGCUACGCCACCUUCGUCAAGCAUUAUAGAGUAGACUUGGUGUCAGCAGGUGAACAAGCCUUUGGGAGAAAAGUCUUGCAAGCCGUGGUCCCACCCUAAAUUCGGACCGGAGUGCUCGUAUAAAAACUGAGGUCUAGCAGGG